UUGAUAUAUAUAAAUAAAAUAGUAUAAAUUAAUGUACCCUUUCCGAUAUUAUAAUCCCAAAAAAUUUAUUGUUUCUGUUGCAGAUACACUGAGCUAAGCGUGGCUAAGUUGCGACCAAGAUAGCGAACCUGUCGAAAGGACUUUCGGCCGGUCCCGCCGGGGGACUAGGCUUCGUUGGCAUCCUGCCCUGCUCGAUCCAGUGGCAACCGCCGGGUAAGGCGCCCAAGCUGCUGAGCUGCUCCACCGGCGCACGCUCCAGCUCCCAGCCAUAUCCAAUGCCCGCCUCCGUCUCCUCAAAUAGCAACAGCAAUGACAGCAGCAAUGGCCACGGUUGCUGCCAGGACUGUGCAUGUUGCAAGCAGGCCUACGAGCAUUUGCCAGUGCCACGCUUGCGACAUCAACAACCGCCUCCCCCGCUGUACCACUCACCGAAGCAACAUCAGCAGCAGCUGCAGCAGCAGCAACAGGUUAGCUGCAUCACGACUCUGCAGCAGACAACAACGACACAGCAGCUGCCACAGAUUCCGACAGGAACAACCUCGAACUAUUGCCUCAUGCCGACAACGACAACCUCUAAUACGUACGUGAGCAAUGUGAAGCCGGAGCAACUACGGCAACAUUGUCAUUCGCACUGCGAUGGACACAACACCAAUAUGCAAUCCUUUGGCAGCAGCAGCAACAUGACACCUGCGGUAUACCAGAGUUCACCUGCGGUCUACCAGACUUCAGCUGCUCAGUCGAUGAUCUUCGUUCCGUUCAUGUUGCCCAUGCAGCAGCAGCAGCAUCAGCAACAUUUGCAGCAGCAACCGCCUUUGCCGCCAUCGGAGGAUUGCAAACCAUUGUUGCGGCCCAAAAGCGUUCCGCCCCCGCCGCAGCCACCCCCUUUGCUGAGCAAUUUUCCACCUCUGCUGCAACCGCCACUUCUCCAGCCACCUGUGGUCUGUCCCCCGCCUGCCGCCCGAACACCUGCAAUGCCCAUGACGUCACUCGUGCCCACACUGCCACAGCCCACAAGCCGCAGUGUUAGAAGCCUCAAAUCCGCAGCUGCGGCAGCCGUCAGCGUUUAUCAGCGGAAUGGCAAAUUGCCCAGGAGCCUGCCCGCUCUGCGUGCCAUGGAAGUGGCUCUGCGUACCAACUCCUUUGCCACGCCCCCUCGAGUAGCAGCAGCAGAGCGGACCGAAGGAGGCCAAGGAGAUGGCAGCGAUGCCGGCCAGGACAUGGAGGACAGUGACGAGGAAAUGGAGUACAUGCCGCCGUUGCAUAAUUUUGCCAGCUUUAAUGGCGAGUUCGAGAGUUAA